AUGAACAAUAUGAUCUUCAGUAAAAAAGACACCUUACCAUUAGAGGUCGAGAAAAAAGCGAUUUGUGAUGGCAGAGAAUGGCAAGAGAACCAAGAGAGUAAAUCCAAGCCUUUGAUGCUUUUGGUGUCUAAAUCUGUUGAAGCUCCUUGUGGUGAGUAUGUAUGUCAGAAAGAUGCGGUGUGGCAAGAGGACUGCCAAUUAGCCGGCCUAGGCUGGACUCUUGUUCACCAAAGACUCAAGACCAUGCAGUGUUUCUUCAAAGGAUUGGAAUUCGUUAGGCUCCCCUUUAAUGGCCGAGGGCUGGCAAUUCGAGCAGCCUUAACACACGUAUUGGGAGAAGAAAUAAGGACAAUCUCGGUAAAAUCUGACUCUUUACAACUGGUUCGAGCCAUCAACUCAGGCUCUAAGGUUUCUAAACUUCAUGGUAUCUUUACUGAUAUGUCAUUUCUUUUCAAACGAUUUGAAUCUAUCUCUUUUAGUUAUAUCCGAAGGAAUCACGGUUUUAGCCUAAUGAUAGGGCUAUAA